UUGGCAAAUCACUACAGUCAUUUAGUACCAAUACACUCGUUGUCUACAUAACGUUCUUUCCCGUCUGAUAUUCUUCAAGACUAAGUGUCCUUGUUCCCAGAGCAAAAUGCCCGCUCUCCCCCCCGAUGGCGACUAUGUAACCAUCUCCCAGCUCGUCGAGCCCCCCACCAUACCCAGCUGGCGCUCCCACGACCCAGCCCGAAACGCCAAACGAACAGACCCCUUCGCAUUCGGACAACGCUACCUCGAAGAAGGCGACGACGUCUUCUCAUACAAUGCCUGGGACCACGUCGAAACCGACGAGGAUUACAAGGCUUAUGCGGAAUUACAAUACGCCAAGCAGCGCGAAAACCCCGCUUCAGACUGGCAUAAGGCACUAUACAAUUCGAACCCGGCGAAAUUCUGGGAUCGGUUUUAUAAGAAUCAUAAUCAGAAUUUCUUCAAGGAUAGGAAGUGGUUGAGACAGGAGUUCCCUGUCUUGGCGGAAGUGACUAAACAGGGUGCUGGGCGCAAAGUGGUGUUGGAGGUUGGGGCUGGUGCAGGCAAUACCGCUUUUCCUUUGAUUAACAAUAACGAGAAUGAGGAGUUGAUGCUUUUCGCUUGCGAUUAUUCGAAGAAUGCGGUUAAGGUGAUGCGAGAAAGUGAACAUUACAAUGAGAAGUUUAUGCGUGCCGAGGUAUGGGACGUCACACAGGAAGAAGAAGAAAUAGAUGGCGAGAUAAAAUCUUCAUUGCCGCCUGGAGUGGAAGAAGGUUCGGUCGAUGUGGUUAUUCUCAUCUUUAUCAUGUCUGCUCUUGCGCCAAAUCAAUGGAGUGCUGCUCUACGAAAUAUAUAUCGAGUUCUCAAACCGGGUGGUCUCGUCCUGUUUCGCGAUUAUGGUCGUGGUGAUCUUGCGCAGGUGCGGUUUAGGAAGGAACGCUAUCUGGCGGAGAACUUUUAUGUGCGUGGUGAUGAAGAAUUGAGGAAGAUCUGGAGCACUUGGACAUCAGAGAAAGGAUUAACAAUGGUUCAUAGCGGCAAUGACAGUGAUAGCAGUGAUAGAUAUGACAAAACGGAAAAUUUGGAGGGAAACCAGACAGAGGACAAUCCCGAGAGAACAUCAGAUGAAACAGCAGACAAACAAAGAGAGCAGAAGCUCAUAGAACGGACGGAUAAGACAGGAGAGUCUGUUGAAGGCGCCUUUGAGGUUCUAAAUCUGGGCAAAGAUCAGAGACUUCUAGUCAACCGACAAAGACGACUCAAGAUGUAUAGAUGUUGGCUGCAAGCUCGUUUUAGGAAACGAGUCGUUGAUAAUUCUGGUGAGAGUCAGCAAUUGGCACCAACAGCUGAAUCGAUUGCAGAGGGGCUUGCGGCUACUACUUUAUAG